UGUUUUAUUUUUUAUCUGUGACCGGUAGAUAUUUAAAGGGGCCGAUUGGUAAAGGGCAGAGUUGGUGGAAGAGAGGCACAUCAUAGCACCGCCAUGCUCACCCUGGCCAGGAAAUUAAAGAAAGACGAUGCAGGAAAGGCGGGCCGUUCAUCUGCAACCUCAGACUCCGCCCACAGAGUCUCCAUCAGGGACCGCCUCCUUACCAAAGAAGUUGCAGACCUUGAAGCCAAUCUUCCCAGUACAUGCAAAGCCAGUUUUCCAGAUGAGAACAAGCUGCAUCACUUUCAGCUGUCCGUGUCUCCCGAUGAAGGUUACUACCAAAGUGGAAAGUUUCAGUUUGAAGUAGAUGUCCCUGAAGCCUAUAACAUGGUGCCUCCUAAAGUUAGAUGCUUGACCAGAAUAUGGCAUCCUAAUAUCACAGAGAAUGGAGAGAUCUGUUUGAGCUUACUUAGGGAGCAUUCUAUUGAUGGCACAGGCUGGGCCCCGACUAGAACGUUAAAGGAUGUGGUCUGGGGAUUGAAUUCCUUAUUUACUGACCUGUUGAACUUUGAUGACCCGCUGAACAUCGACGCAGCAGAACAUCAUCUGAGAGACAAGGAGGAUUUUCGGAAUAAGGUUCAAGAAUACAUCAAGCACUACGCCAGAUGAUAGCCGCCUCGGCCGCCGACACCAUCCUGCAAAAACCAAACUGCUCCACUUUUGCCUCCGCCGAUCUGGCAAACUCCUCCACACGCGUGAAUCAGCAGCAGACCGGGUCGACCUCUCGCUCUUGAUGCCACGGCUCCGCCUGCGACCGCUUCUGUUCACCCCCUUCACCAGACUUCAGUGCAGGAUUGAAUAAUAGAUAAUAAAACAAUGCUUCAGAGGACGGACUUGCAAGCGAAAAUAUGCUUUAAUCAUUCUUUCAGUUGUCUGUCACCGCGGUGACGGGUGUGCCGGGACGAGCCACGCCCAUCGAGGACAGCAGGCCCGACCGUGAGACCAGACUUCAACUCAAAUGCAAGGAAUAAAAGACAAACGUCUGUUGCUAACAGCUCUCUGCUCCAGUGCCUGCAGUGUUUGUGUCGCUUGACAAAGAAUGCAUGAUGGUUCACAUACUUGUUGAAAACCAGAAGAUAAAAAAAAAAAGUGUCAAAUGAAGUCGUUCAAGUCGGCCAGAUGUAUCUCCACAAACGAAGCAUCUGCGACCCCUUUAGACAGCAUGUGAAUGAGCACACCAUCCCCUUUUGUUCUCCUGCUCCUUACCUGUGCACACACACUCGCUGAGCCAUGCAGACCCUCUGUAUGUUUUUUUAAGAUGACUGUGACAUAAAGUACUGCCAACAGAC